AUGGCGCACGCGACUCGCGCCCACCCGUGGGAUCCGAGCGAACAUCAACAGCAGCAACACCAGCAGCAGCAGGGGCACCAUGUCCUAUCCGGCAGCCGCGCCAGCCCGCUGCUACACAGCGUGCCGCCUGGCUCUGCCGCUGCAACAGCAGCGCAAAACAUGGACGCGAGCAUGGACGCCCCACCGUGCCGCACCGCCAUCGCCACCAGCACCAGCAAUGCCGCCGCCAACCUCGACCUGUCGCCCGCGCCUCACGCCAUCGGCAGAGGCAGCAUUCUCGAUCACCCCAUCACCACCACCAUCAACAGCAACAGCAGCAUUAGCAGCGCCGACGACCUCAUGCCGACGCAUACCGGCAGCGACGGCGCAAGCGCCAGCGGCCCCGUGUUCACCAUGAAUCCAACCACCGGCUGGGACCUGGCCGCAGCCGCUGGCUGGCCCUUCCUGCGCGAGCCCCUGAGCAUCGGUACCUCCAGUUCCGCCUCAACCUCGGGCUCGACGUCGGCGCAGGACCCCUCUUCCGCCGGCACCACGCUUGCACCCGCGCCCACAACAACUUCUGUCCUUGGUGCUGGCGCCAACGGCAGCGGUGGGCUAGGCCUGCCGAAAGCGGCGGCAGCAGCAGCGGCGGCAGCCGCAGCCGUCGAGGCGCGCUCGGUGCUGCGCUCGAGUAUCUCCGAGGCAAGCAGCAGCACGCGCUCCGCCGUCGUCCUCACUGAGCGCGCGGCCGGUCUCGUCGACCAGGUCGGCAGCGACCUCGAUGCGUUUGUCGAGGGCAUCUCCCACGCACGCCGGGAGCUCGGUGGCCCGCGCGCUGCUGCCGCCGCCGCUGCUGCUGCUGCUGCUGCUGCUGCUAAUGGUGGCAGUGGUCGUGGUGGUGGCGGAGGUGCCGGCGGAAGUGGCGGUGAUGAUGGAAGCGGCAGCGGCGGCGAUGACGAUGGCGCCAAUGGUCGGGUGAAGCGUCCGGAUUACGCGUUGAUUGACAACAUGGUCGGCAGC